CUUUAUUUUCUCCCCGCCCUAUCAACUGCCGCCAUGUUGUUCUGAGGCAGGAUGACAGCAGAGAGAGAGCGCAGACGAAGACGGAUAUAGUCUAAAAACCCUCGAAUCUACUACUUUAUUCAACCGACAGACGGUCUGUUUUUUUUAUCGCGGACUCGCGAGGAACUCAUUUCUCGAUAUAUACGCAAGUACGUGCGUGUUUUACUAAAAAAAAAAAAAAAAGCAGUGAACGCUGUAUUGUACUGUAAUUUUGCUUUCCUAUGGCGUAGGCACAUUUUCUAAAUACAUCUUUUUAUUUCAGGAUGGGAGGGGAUCCUCCCACAUAAAUAUAAAAUCCUGAAAAUAUUCGUUUUUUAAAGUAUAUACCAUGAAAAAGCCAGAAGUCAGAAGCGUAUUUAAAGAAGAAUUUAUUCCUGUCUGCGCUUAACUACCUUUUACCAGCUACCUACAGGAAUAACCAGACGAGUGCUCUUUGCAUGGUCAACUGCUUUACCACAAGUUUUCUGCUGUCAAAACUUUGUUUAUUAAGCAAAAGUGAAGAUCCGAAAUAGCACAUUUCGAAGAUGACUGGCAAUAUUCCAGCUGAUAUGAUCAACUUGAGGCUCAUCUUAGUGAGUGGAAAAACAAAAGAGUUCCUGUUCUCUCCAAACGACUCUGCGGCCGACAUCGCCAAGCAUGUGUACGACAACUGGCCAAUGGACUGGGAAGAGGAACAAGUGAGCAGUCCAAAUAUCCUGCGCCUCAUCUACCAGGGCCGUUUCCUACAUGGCAAUGUGACACUUGGAGCUUUAAAACUGCCUCUUGGAAAAACUACAGUGAUGCAUUUAGUUGCCAGAGAGACACUGCCCGAGCCAAAUUCCCAAGGUCAAAGGAACCGAGAAAAGACUGGAGAGAGCAACUGUUGUGUGAUCCUGUAAAUGCAUCCCUCCCACCUUGAAUGAGUGUGUUCUAUUAUACUUCACCCAUGCUGCUGUGACACUCACAUAAACAACUACUCACACCUGACUCCCACGAGCACCUGACCAGGACGAGAGCUUUACAUCACUCGCACGGAAAAUCACACCCAAGAGAGAGGACAAAAUAUUGUGCUGUUCAGCAGUGAUACAAAACAUCUUUGUAUUGUUUCUUGUCCAUAUUUAAGCCAAAAGAUGUGAAGAGAUUCCAACCCUGAAAGAAGCAGAUAAUUAAAUACAUCCCACCUUCUGGCACACUCAUUCCCACCUUUUCUAACACCUCCACAUACUAACUCAUGCACUCAUUUAAACACACACACACACACACACACACACACACACACACACACACACACACACACACACACACACACACAUUCACACUCACUCAUAA